UGAACCGCUCUUAAAUACAUACAAAAACUAUCACAUGUACUACCAAAAACACACAACAGUCGUUCCAAUACUCAAUUUGGGGGGGUUUGUUGAUUUCUUGACAGAAAUUACAAGAAAUCAAAAAUGGGGUCAGUAGCUAAAAAUGGACUCAAGCAGUAUCUUCUACAGCUUCAAAAGCACCCUUUGAGAACCAAGGCAAUUACUGCUGGAGUGUUGUCGGCAAUUAGUGAUAUAACUUCACAGAAGAUUACUGGGAUAAAGAAGCUUCAGCUGAGACGCCUUGCCUUGAAAGUGCUCUUUGGUCUUCUCUAUCUUGGACCAUUUGGCCACUAUUUUCAUCUUUUGUUGGACAAACUUUUCAAGGGGAAGAAAGACCCCUCAACAGUUGGUAAAAAGGUCUUGGUGGAACAGUUAACUUCUUCUCCUUGGAACAAUUUGCUUUUUAUGAUAUACUACGGAUCAAUCAUUGAGGGAAGGCCCUGGAACCAAGUAAAAACUAAAAUCAAGAAAGAAUAUCCAACAGUCCAGUAUGCUGCAUGGACGUUUUGGCCGGUAGUAGGGUGGAUCAAUCACCAGCAUGUCCCACUGCAGUUUCGUGUCAUUGUUCAAAGUGCCGUCGCAUGUUGCUGGGGCAUCUUCUUGAGUGUACGAGCUGCGAAGGCUGUGACAUCAACUCCAGCAAUCAAGCAGCUUUGAGCAGAUGGGUGGGAGAUAAUGUAACAGACAACCUUCAAGCUAGUCUUAUGUACUAUUUAAGUGGCGAAUUGAGUUGUAUGCGUUUCUUGACGCCAUAGCUCAAUUAGCAUAUAGAGUGAAAAUUUCGUUACACAUGUGUAAGCUUGAUUUAUAAGCUGAAUAAUGGUAGAUCUCUGAUUCAAGGUAUGGUGCUAUGAUUUGUUUUUUUUUUUGGGAUGUAUAAGGUAUGUGUAACUUAUAAGAUAAAUUGUUUCACUCUAUUGAUUAAAGCUUGUUUUACAAA